UCUAAACACAGGUGUGAAAAUCGAGAAUGAAGCACAAAGUUCGAAGGCUGAAACUUGAAAAGGCGCUCAAACGGAAGACUAUAAAAAAUCAGUUCGCAAAACUGAGGCUUUAAGGCUGCAUAAUAGACCACUAAAUGGAUCUUAGGCCAAGGCAGAGACAAUCCUUCUCCGGCUUCACUCAAGCUGAAGUCGAGAAAAUGGAGCAUUUACAUAAAGAAUCUAGCGAACAGUCUCUGAAUGAGGAGUUUUAUAAGAAAUUGGCAAGACUUUUCAAUCGUUCCAGUGGUCGUGCUGGAAAACCUGUUGUGAAGUGGACUGAGGUUCAAAGUUGGUUUGAGGACAGGCAAAGACUUGGUCCCUCUAGAGAGACUUCAAGGGUUGCAACUGAAACUGCUCAGAUACCUGAAGGUGGGGACGAUCAAGAUAGAAGGCUGGAAUUUGAAGCACUUUCAUCAAAAGAUGGAGCAUGGUACGAUGUUGAAACAUUUUUAUCACACAGACUUCUCAGUUCCGGUGAAGUUGAAUCCCUUGUAAGAUAUGUUGGGUUAGGAGCAGAGGAAGAUGAGUGGGUGAAUGUACGAAACUGUGUGAGAGAACGCUCUGUCCCUUUGGAGGAUUCAGAGUGCCAGAAAGUCAAGGUUGGAGAUCUUGUUGUGUGCUUCCAGGAGAGACGAGAUCAAGCAAGGUAUUACGAUGCUCAUGUUAUAGAGAUUCGAAGAAGAUUGCAUGACAUAAGAGGUUGCAGAUGUAUUUUCAUGAUUCAGUACGACCAUGAUAAAAUAGAGGAGGAAGUCCGUCUCAGGAGAUUAUGUUGCCGACCAAGUAUGCUGGUAGAAUCAGAGGAGGAUUAGCUCAGAGAAAUUAACUUCGAAGUGCUUUUCUUGGUAAGCCAUCUCUUCCACAUAAGAUGUAGGAGGAAUGUGUGGGGAAUCUAAUUGGCUAAAUAGAGUUGAACAUUGAAUGUGACUUUAAAGUCGAAUUCUAUUGGGUUGAGUAUCAAAAAGGUCGGUUACAAUGAUUUCGAUAUAAGUAGACUAAGGAAAAAGAAAAGUACUUUGCAAUGGUGUGCUGCCAAUUGUAUCAUUUUGUCUUGAUUGAUAUGCAUGUAAAGUUCUUAUUCAAUCUUGGAAUGUUAAAUUGACUUUAUUUGAGCUUU